AAAAAACAGUAAUUAAGUUAUUAUUUCAUAAGAAAAAAAUACAUAAUAUAUAUUUUUUCUUAUAUUUGUUGAAAAAAUGUCUAAAAAAUUUAAUUAUUUACUGAUAUUAUUGUCAGUGAAUGUAUGGUUGUUUGCGGAUACGGGUGUGUUGUGUAGUAUUGACGGCCCCAUCAAUGAUGAUAUGGACGACGAAAUUGACAAUUUAAUUGCCGAUAACGACCGGAUGGCUCUACCCUAUAGACGAUUACCCGAAUCAGUCGAUAGUUUAAACUUUGAAAUAUGCAGAGUGUUCUUUAAGAAAGAGCUAAAAAUUGCCGAUUAUUUGUCCCAUAAAUUUCAUUAUAACCGACACUUGCGUGUAAUCGCCGCCAAUAUAUCCCUAACUCGGAUGCGAUUAUGGGAUAAAUACUGUGAUUAUGACAGAAAUUUUUUGAUGAAUAUAUUCAAAUCAGCCAAUCGUUUGUUAAGCGAAACCAGAAAAUAUACAGAAUAUGCGUUCAGAGCCCUGAAAUCGGCUAUUAAUCCCAUUCCGGGUAUUACUGUACCAGAAAUUAUGUGUAUUUCAAAAAACUUUUACUCAAAGUUUGCCAAUUCAUUCAAUAAUUCUGAAUUUCGUCGGAUAUCUGCGGAUACACUGAUAAUAAUUGGCGACUCAUGGAUGCCAUAUCUGAUCAAAUCAUUGAAUAUAACCGAUACUAACGAUUGUAAUUCAUUGAACACUACAACUACUAUCUAUAAUCCAAUAACCAGUCAUCGGGUUUCCAAACAAAUGGCAUUAUUUGAUGCAUUGGACGCAUUAAUUAAAGUCAAAUACUAAAGUUAUAAUUAUAAUUAUAAUAAUAUUG